CGUGAAGUGAUCGUGGUUGGAUUCGGUCAAGCUGGCACGCAACUGUCAAAUGCUGUUUGGGAAUUACUUUGCAUCGAACAUGGAAUCAAUGCUAAUGGACUUCCCGUGGCAUCACUGGGUUUGGAUGAUUUGCAAAGUAGCGAAACGUUUUUCCAGGGCACUCCAACUGGCCAACGAGUGCCACGUGCUGUCAUCAUUGAUUUGGAACCGACCGUGAUAGAUGAGAUUCGUACGGGAGUAUACAGGCGUCUAUUUCAUCCCGACCAGUUGAUCACUUCUGUUGAAGACGCUGCAAACAAUUAUGCUCGUGGCUUUUACAGCCUCGGUCGUGGCACAGUUGGUCGAGUUUUAUCCCAAAUUCGGCGAGUAACUGAGGCGUGUGAUAUGUUCCAAGGGUUUUUUCUUAUCAACAGCUUUGGAGGUGGCACGGGGUCUGGAUUAACAUCCCUGGUACAAAACCAUCUGUCAACGGAAUACGCGAAACGCUCAAAAAUUCAAAUCGGUAUCUACCCCGGUCCGCGACUAUCAACAGGAAUAGUGGAGCCUUAUAAUUCUGUUCUCACAUUCAAUUCCUCCAUGGAACAGUCAGAACUGAGUAUUCUUUUGGACAACGAAUCAUUGUACGAUCUGUGCGAUAUCAAGCUGAAUUUAACACGACCGACCUACACUGAUAUCAAUCGAAUCACUUCAGUUCUGUUGAGCAGUUUAACUGCCCCAUUACGAUUUGAAUCUUCCCUAAACUCGGAUCUGACUCAGUUGGAAACAAAUCUGGUCCCCUAUCCGCGCAUACACUUUCCCAUCAUUAGUUACUCGCCGAUUGUCUCCCCGGAGUGGUCGGAACACGACACGUGCUCCGUGAAUGAUCUGACCAGGAUGUUGUUUGCACGGGACAGUCAAAUGCUAAAUGUCGACCUCGCACAGGGAAAAAUCAUGAGCUGUUGCAUUCAGUAUCGGGGUAAUGUGGCCCUGCAAGAAGUGAGCAAAGCAAUUAUGGACACGAAAUGUCGACGACUGUGGCAUUUUGUCGACUGGUGUCCGACUGGAUUCAAACUGGGCAUUGUCAGUCAACCACCGACGAUCCCGUCCUAUGCUCCACUGGCUCAGACCAAACGAUCCGCUACACUGCUUGUGAACACCUCAGCUGUGAAUCAAGCUCUUCGAAAAGUUAACAGUAAAUUUGAUACUCUCUAUCAGAAGCGCGCUUUUGUGCACUGGUUUGUGUCCGAGGGCAUGGAGGAAGCGGAAUUCACCGAGGCGAGAGAAGAUAUGUCUGUUCUGGAAAAAGAUUAUCUUGAAGUGACACAGACCACCAAAUUCGCUGAGGAACAGGAGAUGGGUCUGCAGAUUGGGACCCAAGAAACUUUGGAACAACCGGAAGAUAUGAUUUCACCAAGUGAUCCUAUAUGGCAAACAUCUAGCAAUCAUUUCAUUCCAUGGAUUGAGUUAGAAGGGGAUAUUGAAUCGGUUUCCCGUUAG